GGGAUGAGCUGACUGUCAGACUGGGUGUCAGACAGGCCUCUCCUUGCUCGUGUUUUCCGUUGUUUGCUCUUCAUAUAAAAGCAGAUGAUCACUCUUUCAGCUGUACUGAGAGGAAGCCGUGCAGUCAGCUGCAUCAGAGCCCUUCACACCACACUCACUGUAAACAUGCCGAUCAAGGUUGGAGAGAGUCUACCAGCUGUGGAGGUCCAAGAAGGAGCCCCAGAUAAGAAAGUGUCCAUGGAUCAGCUGUUUAAGGGGAAAAAGGGGGUCCUGUUUGCAGUGCCGGGGGCUUUUACUCCUGGAUGCUCCAAGACUCACCUCCCGGGGUUUGUGGAGGAAGCUGGACAGCUGAAGAGUAAAGGCGUGCAGGAGGUGGCCUGCAUAUCUGUAAAUGACGCUUUUGUCAUGGCUGCAUGGGGCAAGGAGCAUGGCACUGAUGGCAAGGUACGAAUGCUGGCAGAUCCUACCGGCGCAUUCACUGCGGCAGUUGAUCUCUUUCUGGAUAAUGAUGAAAUCCUCCAAGUUCUUGGCAAUAAGAGAUCCAAAAGAUAUGCCAUGCUUGUUGAGGAUGGUGUGGUGAAGAAGCUGAAUGUGGAGCCUGAUGGCACUGGCCUCACCUGCAGCUUAGCCUCCAACAUCCUCUCUGACCUGGCCUAAGGUUGUCUGCACCAACGUACUCCAACCAACGUACAUCCUCAACUGUACCCUCCUCCUUAGUCAUCCACUGUUACAAUUCCCUAUACAGAGCAGUAGAACCCAAAGAGAAAGACAUAGCAAUAAGCCUAGUUUAGCCUACACAAAGACAGUACUGUGCUGAAUUGUAAAUUAAGGCUUAAGAACUUUAUCCAGGAAUACUGAAAUUCAGUCUAAAAACGCACAAUGUAAACUCAAAGCGCACAAAUGUCAUGUGAUGAAAUGCUGCUUUGUAACCAGUUACUUUCAAUGAUGCUUUUGUUACUUCUUCUCCAAAAAUAAACCCUUUAGAAUCUUUGCA